AAGUUCAGGUUCAAAGUGGCCGCCAUCAACGCCAACGGCACCGGAGAGUUCAGCGAACCCAGCGCGGAGGUCGAGCCGCUGGAGAGAAUCGGUGAGUUGGCGCCGACUGUUACUGUUACUGACCUCCUCUGUGUGGGAAUCAUGCUGAUCACUGACUCCUCUGCCCCCCCCCUCUCAGAAAUGCCUGAUCUGGAGCCGGCUGAGGACCUGAAGAAGACCGUGUGUCUGCGUGCCGGCGGCACCCUGCGCCUGAUGGUGAACGUCUCCGGUCGGCCGAUACCGGUGGUGGCCUGGAGGAAGAAGGGCGUGGAGCUGCAGAGUCGAGGGUACAUCGAGACCACAGAAAGCUAUACCUCACUCAUGGUGGAGAAGGUCAAUCGCUACGACUCAGGAAAAUAUGUUGUGGAGGCAGAGAACCCCUCGGGCAAGAAGACUGCCACCAUCCUGAUCGAUAUGACCAGCAUCCCUCAGAAGAUCGUCCAGGUACCCCGCGGCAAACCUAUCGACCUCUACAUACCCAUAAAGGCCAAACCCCCACCGGUCUGCUCCUGGUACUUCGGCGGAGUGAAGCUGAAGGACAGCCUCGACCGCAUCAAGGUCGACAGCAAUGGCAAAUACAGCCACCUCGUUAUCCGUGAAACUACCAUCAACGACACUGGAAAUUACACGCUGGAGGUUAAGAACGCCAUUGGCAUGGCGACAGAGGUCAUUAAAGUCAUCAUCCUUGGUAAGGAGAUCGACACAUGCUAUGAACUGACUAAAACACGAACAGUCCGACAGCUAUUGAUUGUGGGAUAUGGAGAAUUUAGUGGAGAUUACAAACCCGGCGUACCGAUAGGUCCGAUAAAGAUCGAGGAGGUUGACGGUGUUUCAGUCACCAUCAGCUGGGAGCCUCCAGAGAAGGACGGCGGUGCUAAUGUCAGCGGCUAUGUGGUGGAGCAGCGUAACGCCCACCAACCAGGCUGGACCACCGUCUCCGAGUCCGUGACAAGAACCUGUUUCAAGUUCACCAGACUCUCUGAAGGAACCGAGUAUGUGUUCCGCGCUGCUGCCAUGAAUCGCUUCGGACCAUCCCUGGACCUCCAAGCAGGCCAGAGUUGA